AUGCUAGCAUUCCUUCUCUACGCGGCAGCCACAUAUGCCCAAACGACAUCCUACGUGUUCCCCUUCACCUCGGACACGUCUAUUGUCAACGGGUACCAUAUCUACGGCUCCGUAGGUUCCGGCCCUACUACCGAGUUCCUCAUCGACACCGGCUCCACGGGGGUGCUCAUCUCCCCCCGUGCGUUAGGGACGAACUACACGCUCCUGAAUGAGAACUUCUGUUUCGCCUAUUCGAGCAGUAACAACACCUACCAAGGGCACUGGGUUCUCGCGCCCAUCGUCUUCUCUGGCUCCGGCUCCGAGCCCGUGAGCGCGCAGACGAUCCCCAUCCCCGUCCGGGUGGCAACACAGUUCUGCUCCGGGGCGACAGGGAAGUGCACUACCGACCCGGGGGAGAUAAGCGUCAGCAUGCUCGGGGUUGGGUUGGGGAGGGGGAACAUGUCCUGGGGUGGGGAGGACGGGUGCGGGAACCAAGUGCCGCUUGGGGUGAACGCUUUCCUCCAGUUGGAGGAGAUGCAGCCUGGAGAAAACGCCAGUCCGGGGUAUAUCAUCACCCCUCGCAAUUCUAGCAUCACACUCGGUAUCACUGGCGCUAACAGCGAGGGGUUUGACUUUGUCGCACUGCAACUGGCGGGGAACGCGAGCAACGUCACCUACUCUGACUGGGUACCGCCGACGGUAGAGGUCAACGUCGCCUCGCAAACUUGGACGCCAUUCAACGCCAGCCUGCUGAUCGACACUGGUAUCUCCUACUCAAUCAUCCAGUCCCCAGCCAGCGACGCUCUCCCCGGCAGCACCAGCAGGGGUGUAACAACAGUCUCCAACGGGACGAGCCUCAACCUCACCCUCCCCUCCCUGGGCGGGCAAGAGCUGUACGCGUUCGUCACUGGCCAACCUGGUGCGCCGGCGUACGUCAGCUGGAGGCAUGCAGCUGCCCCGUUUGUGAAUACCGGAAGGGGGGCAUUGGGGGAGUUCGAUUACCUGUUUGACGCGAGAAGGGGGAGAGUGGGAUUCGCGUUCAAUAGGACGGUGUGA